AUGUAUACAAGGGACAAGGGGGAUGUUGAGGAUGGAGUUUGCCAUGGCGAGUCAGAAGAAGGGGACGAUCAGGGGAAUCGGAGAAUGGAUGGGAGGGCGAAUGUACAUGUACCCCUUAACAGAUACUGGUACAAGUCUCAGGCUGGAGGCGUUGCAGGUGGACUCUUGACCUUGACAGUGAUGUCAGGCAACUCAGCUCGCUCCAGGCGUUCUCUUACGCCAUCUUCAGCACAAAUGGGCACUAGCGUUACCCCCAGAAGAAGCAAUGGAAUGCGGGAAGAGAGGCCAGUUUCUUGGGUCUGGGACACUAGGCGGAGGUGGAUCUUGGAGUUCCAGUUUUCUCGGAGACCGCGAUAG